GUGGCGCUGGUGUUCGCCAACACGUCACCGGCGGACAUCCUUCUCGCCGAUCAGCUGCGCGCCCUCGCUGCCUCGCACCCCAACUUCAAGGCAUGCCGCCCCCACUCCCCACCCCCCGCUACUCCCCACCCCCGCUACUCCCCACCCCCACUACUCCCCCACCCCCGCUACUCCCCACCCCCGCUACUCCCCACCCCCGGCUACUCCCACCCCCGUUACUCCCCACCCCCGCUACUCCCCACCCCCGCUACUCCCCACCCCAGCUACUCCCCACCCCCCCCCCGCUUACUACCCACCCCCGCUACUACCCACCCCCGCUUACUCCCCACCCCCGCUACUCCCACCCCCGCUACUCCCCACCCCCGCUAUCCCCACCCCCCGCUACUCCCCACCCCCGCUACUCCCCACCCCCGCUACUCCCCACCCCCACUUACUCCCCACCCCCGCUACUCCCCACCCCCGCUACUCCCCACCCCCGUUACUCCCCACCCCCGCUACUCCCCACCCCAGCUACUCCCCACCCCCGGCUACUCCCCACCCCCGCUACUACCCACCCCCGCUACUCCCCACCCCCGCUACUCCCCACCCCCGCUACUCCCCACCCCCGCUACUCCCCACCCCCGCUACUCCCCACCCCCGCUACUCCCCACCCCGCUAUCCCCACCCCCGCUACUCCCAACCCCCGCUACUCCCCACCCCCCGCUUACUCCCCACCCCCGCUACUCCCCACCCCCGCUACUCCCCUACCCCCCGCUACUCCCCCACCCCCCGCUACCUCCCCCCACCCCGCUACUACCCACCCCCGCUACUCCCCACCCCCGCUACUCCCCACCCCCGCUACUCCCCACCCCCGCCUACUCCCCACCCCCGCUACUCCCACCCCGCUACUCCCCACCCCCGCUACUCCCCACCCCCGCUACUCCCCACCCCCGCUACUCCCCACCCCCGCUACUCCCCACCCCCGCUACUCCCCACCCCGCUACUCCCCACCCCCGCUACUCCCCACCCCCGCUACUCCCCACCCCCGCUCCCCACCCCCGCUACUCCCCACCCCCGCUACUCCCCACCCCCGCUACUCCCCACCCCCGCUACUCCCCACCCCCGCUACUCCCCACCCCCGCUACUCCCCACCCCCGCUACUCCCCACCCCCGCUACUCCCCACCCCCGCUACUCCCCACCCCCGCUACUCCCCACCCCCGCUACUCCCCACCCCCGCUACUCCCCACCCCCGCUACUCCCCACCCCCGCUACUCCCCACCCCCGCUACUCCCCACCCCCGCUACUCCCCACCCCCGCUACUCCCCACCCCCGCUACUCCCAACCCCCGCUACUCCCCACCCCCGCUACUCCCCACCCCCGCUACUCCCCACCCCCGCUACUCCCCACCCCCGCUACUCCCCACCCCGCUACUCCCAAACCCCGCUACUCCCCCAACACCCCGCUACUCCCACCCCCCGGCUACGCCCCACCCACGCUACUCCCCACCCCCCCCCCGUACUCCCCAACCCCCCCGCUUAUCCCACCCCCGGUACUCCCCACCCCCCGCUCCCACCCACCGCUAUCCCCACCCCGCUACUCCCCACCCCCGCUACUCCCCCCCCCCCCCCCCCCCCCCCCCCCCCCCCCCCCCCCCCCCCACCCCCGCUACUCCCCACCCCCGCUACUCCCCACCCCCCGCUACUCCCCACCCCCGCUACUCCCCACCCCCGCUACUCCCCACCCCCGCUACUCCCCACCCCGCUACUCCCCACCCCGCUACUCCCCACCCCCGCUACUCCCCACCCCAGAUAUCCCCACCCCUCUACGCCCCACCCCGCUACUACCCACCCCCGCUACCCCCACCCCCGCUACUCCCCACCCCCGAUUACUCCACACCCCCGACUACUCCCCACCCCCGCUACUCCCCACCCCGCUAA